CAAGUUUUAAAGUCACCCCAGCCAGAGCAGUUAUCAUCAUUCUUUCAGCGGAGAAAAUCCUUUCCAUGUUGUCCACCACUGUGAUGAAAGGAGAAGCUCGUCUUGCCAGAGACUGAAUUUGUCUGGCAGAAAACCACCGUUUUCAGGACUUGUCAUGUCGCCCUUUCUGCGCAUCGGUUUAUCCAACUAUGACAGUGGCCCUUACCUGCCAUCCCAAGGGGAGGUGAUUAACCCAUACUGUGCUGUGAUGGUGAAAGAAGCUGUGGACUCAGAAAAUGGCCAAGUGUACGUGCAGAAGAAGCCCACCAUGUACCCACCUUGGAACAGCACUUUCGAUGCCCACAUCAACAACGGCAGGGUCAUGCACAUCGUCGUCAAGGACAAAAGUGCUGAAAUGGUUUCAGAGACCACGGUGGAACUCAAGGUGCUGGCAGAGAGGUGCAAAAAGAGCAAUGGGAAGACAGAGAUGUGGCUAGAACUGAAACCUCAAGGACGAAUGCUGAUGAAUGCAAGAUACUUCCUGGAAAUAAGUGAUGCAAAGGACCUGGCUGACAGUGAGACUGAAGCCUUCUCCCUCCACCAGCGCAGGGGAGCCAUCAAACAGGCCAAAAUCCAUAAUGUCAAGUGUCACGAGUUCACAGCCACCUUCUUUCCACAACCCACCUUCUGCUCUGUGUGCCACGAGUUUGUUUGGGGACUGAAUAAACAAGGCUAUCAAUGCAGACAAUGUAACGCUGCCAUUCAUAAGAAAUGCAUUGAUAAAGUAAUAGCCAAGUGUACAGGAUCAGCAGUCAAUAGCAGAGAAACAAUGUUUCAUAAAGAACGGUUCAAGAUCGACAUGCCUCACCGCUUCAAAGUCUACAACUACAAGAGCCCAACAUUCUGUGAGCACUGUGGCACGCUCCUCUGGGGCCUUGCACGGCAAGGACUGAAGUGUGAUGCGUGUGGCAUGAAUGUCCAUCACAAGUGCCAGAUGAAAGUAGCAAACCUUUGUGGAGUUAACCAGAAACUAAUGGCUGAAGCUCUGGCAAUGAUAGGGAGCACCCAGCAGGCUCGCUGUCAGCGUGACACUGAACAGAUCUCCAGGGAUGGACCUCUUGAAAUUGGCUUCCCUGUUACUACGAAGGAGGUGACAACUCUUCAGGCAUUGCCAGCAUCCACAACAGGAAAAAAAGAGCCACAAGGCAUCUCCUGGGAGUCUCCAGUGGAGGGCACAACAAAAGGGGAAUCUCUGAUAGAGUCAGACUCAGGAGAACAGCCCCAGGAGCAGCAAGAGCACCAAGUGCAGCUAAAACUAAGCAUUGAGGAUUUUGUCCUGCACAAGAUGCUGGGGAAAGGCAGCUUUGGCAAGGUGUUCCUUGCUGAGCUGAAGAGCACAGACCAGUAUUUUGCUGUGAAAGCCCUGAAGAAGGAUGUGGUGCUCAUGGAUGAUGAUGUUGAAUGUACGAUGGUGGAGAAGAGAGUCCUCUCCUUAGCUUGGGAGCACCCAUUCCUGACUCAUGUCUUCUGUACAUUCCAGACCAAGGAAAACCUCUUUUUCGUCAUGGAAUACCUCAAUGGAGGAGACCUCAUGUUCCAUAUCCAGAGCUGUCAUAAGUUCGACCUUCCUAGAGCAACGUUUUAUGCUGCUGAAAUUAUAUGUGGCCUCCAAUUCCUCCAUUCCAAGGGCAUAAUUUACAGAGACUUGAAGCUAGACAACGUCCUUUUGGACAAUGAGGGGCACAUCAAAAUCGCUGAUUUUGGGAUGUGCAAGGAGAACAUGUUUGGAGAUGCAAAGACAAGCACUUUCUGUGGGACUCCUGACUAUAUCGCUCCUGAGAUAUUGCUGGGGCAGAAGUACAACACCUCCGUUGAUUGGUGGUCCUUUGGUGUCCUCCUGUAUGAGAUGCUUAUUGGCCAGUCUCCUUUCCACGGCCAAGAUGAAGAGGAGCUUUUCCAGUCUAUCCGCAUGGAUAACCCAUUCUAUCCUCGCUGGCUUGACAAAGAUGCAAAGGACAUUUUGCUGAAGCUUUUUGUGAGAGAACCUGAGAGGAGACUGGGAGCAAGAGGGAACAUCCGCCAGCAUGCCUUCUUCCGGGAAAUAAACUGGGAAGCUUUAGAAGAAAGAAGGAUGGAGCCUCCUUUCAAACCAAGAGUGAAAUCUCCAAGUGACUGCAGCAACUUUGACAAGGAAUUUCUAAAUGAAAAACCGAGACUGUCGUGUGCUGACAGAGCACUCAUUAACAGCAUGGACCAAAAUAUGUUCAGCAACUUUUCUUUUGUGAACCCUAAAAUGGAGAAGAUACUGUGCUGAGGUCUGCCUUACUGAAAGAACUCUUUAAUGGUAAACACUCUCUCACAUGAAGACUGUGCAUGGUGGUUUUUACCAAGAACCCUCCAGAAAAACACCUCAAUGAAAGUUUGUACCAUGCCUGGAGGCUUCUGGCUUAUUCCAGUCCAUAGCAGAUGCCAGCUACUCUUCAUUAUUGAUGAAGUUACUUUGUGGUAUCUUUUGGUCUCUCUUGUUCUUGAAGUUGAGAGCAUCCGAAGAAGAGGAGAUGCCAAAACCUGUUCCUCACUACUUGUAUACACAGCCAGUGGGUUUCUUUGUAAGAAAAAAACCAACUAUAUUUGAGUUUCUGGUGAUGUCAGUGCCCGUUUCUGCAAUUUACACCUAAACCUACCUUCUUCUGAAGGACAAGUGGUUUGCUUGAAGGUAUCUGAAGGUAUCUGGGCAGACUUUGGGCUGGAUGUUUCAGUGACCUCCACUUGUACCUGUGUGGAAUUGUGCAUGUAUGCACAGUUCUAAGAAGCAAUUUUGCUCCCUACACAAGUAAUGUUCACAAGUGUUAGGGUUCGAUUUUGCUCUGCUGGGACAAAGACACUUUGCAGUUGCCCAGUCCAGCAUUUGUACAUCUCAAUCAGAGGCACUGGAGCUAAAGACUCAACCGCAAAGGAAGAUCAUCCCCAUGGCAAGUAUCAAGAUCAAUGCAGAAAGCCAGUGGUUUACACUUAGGACUUAAGCAGGAAGGAUGUGGAAUUGCAGUCCAGCAGAAAGCCUCGAGAACCCCUGUUUUAAAGCUUUAACUCUCCUUGCACACACCAGACUCAUAGCAAAACCUGGACUGGGCUUUCUGGAGUUUUAUCCUAAAGGCGGAAGAGGUUUCCUCAAGCAAUUGUUGAAGUGUGGUAAAACUGGCCUUCCAGUUUUGGUGUAUUUCACUUGAAAGGUAGUAAUCAGUCCUUGCAAAGGCUGGUACACUGUCUUUUGCCCUAUAUGGCGUCUGAGCUCUUUGGCAUAUAUGAUGGACACGGGUCAACAAGCUGCACCCAACAGUCACAGGGCAGGACAGCACAUCAGGUGAGGGUGAUCUUGCUCUUCACCUCAUGGCGUUUUGCUGUGUUCGAUCCCUUUGCAGUCUGUGGAAAUGCAGGGGAGUUUUUAAAAGUCUUUUCUGUGAUCCUUUCACCAUGGGAUCCUUUUCAAUGAAGAUGUGCUGUUUUCUGAGGUUGGAGGGAUGUAGAACUGCCCAGUUGCUGCUUGUCAAAGCCCAAACAGAGGAUUCUGUAGUAGCUUAGACUUAGGCAAUCACCCAAGUUGUUAGGCUCUAAUUGACAUAUAUACAUUUGGAGCUCCAUUGCACCAAUCCAUUCAGUCCAUGGAGAAGAGAAGAUCAAGAAGGUGAUCCCAAAAUCAGAUUCCCUUCCGAGGUGCCUUUCUGACCAGGCUAUCACCUUGGAUCUCUCACCAGGAUGAACGCAGCCUUGCAGGCAGCACUGGGAUAUCACAGGCAGUGACCGCAAGCACUGAGUCCUUCAGGACCAAGAGCAGAAGAAGUGCCGAGCAUCAACAAGAAGGUUUCAGUCCAGUGACUCUCAUGAAAUCCUUGCUUGUGCUGUGUGAAACUCAGGGGGCAUCUGUGCUCAGUUUGUGCAGCUGGUCACCGUGUUUAGUUAGAAUGAUUAAUGUGGGUUUUUUAAAUGCCAGUGCCGUUUGUACAGUUUAAUAAAACAUUGUGUACAAUUGGAAAA